AGGUACUCGCAUUCCUUGCUACAGGGCCCAGACAAAAUAAUAGCAUUUUCUAUGAAAUGCGCACAUACGAUAUUAAGCCAUCGAAGAUGAAGGAGUUUGUGGAAAUGGUCAACAAGUACUUGCACCUCCGCACAGCUCACUCGGAGCUGGUGGGAUUCUGGUCUGCGGAGCUGGGAGCGAUGAAUAAGGUGGUCCACCUUUGGAAGUACGAUAAUUUUGCCCACAGAACAGCAGUCCGGCAUGCACUAGCCAAUGACAAAGACUGGCAGGAAAAAUUCAUCGCCCCAGCUCUCCCCUUGAUAGAAAAGCAGCACAAUGAGGUUGCUUAUCUGGUACCCUGGUGUCAGCUUGGGAAGCCUCCAAAAGAAGGGGGAGUAUAUGAAUGGGUUACUUUCCAGAUGAAGCCUGGUGGGCCAGCAUUGUGGGGUGAAGCUUUUCAAGCUGCAAUCAACGCUCACAUCAAUACAGGCUACACCAAGCUGAUUGGUGUUUUCCACACAGAGUAUGGAUUACUUAACACAGUCCAUGUGAUGUGGUGGAAUGAGAGCCCAGAUCACCGGGCAGCGGGACGGCACAGUGCCCAUGAAGAUGCCAGAGUGGUAGCAGCUGUGCGAGACAGUGUCAGAUUCUUGCAGUCCCAGCAAAAUAUGCUCCUGAUUCCUCUGCAAUGCUCACCGCUGAAGUAGCUUUCUUCUAAAGGAUAUAACUGAUGGCAGAAAGGAGAAGAAGAAGUGCCGUCAGCAAGUGCCAUUACAU